AUGUUUGGUCCUCCUGGAUGCGGCAAAACCCUCAUGGCUCGUGCUGUAGCUUCUGAAGCACGGCUGACUUUCCUUGCUGUGGAGGGUCCAGAACUUUUGAGCAAAUGGGUUGGUGAAUCUGAGAAGGCUGUGAAAUCCCUGUUUGCAAAGGCAACGACUAAUGCCCCAGCAAUCAUAUUCUUGGAUGAAAUUGACAGUCUUUCUGCUAUUCGUCAGGGUUUGGCUUCAGAUAGGAUUUGCAUGCAAGAGAUUGCUGCUACAAGAAGGCCGGACAAACACUCUCAACACAAGCAGGUUUUCAAGCCUUGGAAAGUUGAGACAUUUGAAGAAGAUGGGAUUUUGGUUUUGGAGUUUGAAGAGGCACUUCCCAUUGGACCAGGAGUUUUGGGUAUUGGGUUUGAAGGAAUUUUGAAUGACAAGAUGAAGGGAUUCUAUAGAAGUACAUAUGAGCAUAAGGGUGAGAAGAAAAAUAUGGCCGUUACACAGUUUGAACCGGUUGAUGCCAGGCGGUGCUUUCCAUGCUGGGAUGAACCUGCUUGGAAGGCUACAUUCAAGAUUAGAUUGGAUGAUGUUCCAUCUGAAUUAGUAGCUCUCUCCAACAUGCCGGUUGUAGAAGAAAAAGUGCAUGGACAUCUGAAGACAGUUUCAUUUCAAGCAUCACCAAUCAGGUCUACAUAUUUGGUGGCCGUUGUUGUUGGGUUGUUUGAUUAUGUUGAAGAUCAUACAUCUGAUGGUGAACUCAUACACAAUGUCCCUUGUUUUGUAUGUAUGUUAGUACAACCUUUUCUUGGUGGUGUCACUUUUCAUCUCGUCAUAGGGGUCAAAGUGCGGGUCUAUUGUCAAGUUGGUAAGGCGAACCCAGGGAAGUUUGCUUUGAACGUUGCUGUCAAGACUUGA